AUGGACUACGCCGUCCUCUCCCUCCUCUACGUGUCCACCGCUGAGGAGAUCCUUACCAUCGUCCUCAUGCCUAGCGCUUUUGCGCAUGCUGUCUUGACUAGUCUGGAGGAACUGUUCCGCGACAACAAGAUAGCACGUGCCCACUCCCUCGAAGCUGAGUUUCACAACUUCGUUCAGAGCGAUCAGACCAUUCUCACCUACUCCCAGCAUCUAAAGUCAUUUGACGAUGCCCUCGCCGACCUCAGGCAACCGGUGUUUGAGGACACUCUCGUCCUCACCAUGUUGCGUGGCCUAUCUGAGCCGUUCUACAACAUCGCCACCGUCAUCAAGACCAAGGCAUCGUUCCCAGAGUUCCUCGACACUCACUCACUCCUCUUUCUCGAGAAGGCCGACCUCAAAAUCACAGAGCCUGGCUCUUGUACAGCCCUAGUGGUCACCACUAGUACCAAGCAAGCCAGUAACAACUCCUCCGGCCAUUCGACUGGCUACAGCACUGGCACCAAGACCACCAACAUCGCCUCCUCCGGCGGCAACAACGACAAGAAGAACAAGGGAAAGAACCGUCGCGGUGGUGGCGUAUAA